CAGCAGAAGAAGAAGAGCGCUAGCCGCUAGCCUGCUGUUAUCCUAGCUGACAUCUAUCCGAUGCCUGGCUAGCGUCGGUGCAGGUGUCGAAGGAAAUAUAUAUAUAUAUGGUGCGAAAGAGAGGGAAAGUCCCGUUAAAUAGUCCCUGACAGACACCGACAUUAUGGAGAAACAGCUGCAUUUAAACCUGCUAACAUCCAGACCUCCUAUGGCAGGAGGCUUCCAGUCCAGCUCCAAGAUGAAAAUGGGACCUGGGCGGAAGAGAGAUUUCACCCCCCUGCCCUGGAGUCAGUACUAUGAAACCAUGGAAGAUGUUGAGGUGGAAAAUGAAAAUGGCAAAGAUAUUUUCAGAAUUUACUGCAGUGGUGCCCAUGGUCCUGUGCUGCUGCUGCUCCACGGAGGAGGCCACUCUGCGCUCUCCUGGGCAGUGUUCACUGCUGUCAUUUGCAGCAGGAUCAACUGCAGGGUGGUGGCUAUGGACCUUCGAGCUCAUGGCGACACCAAAGUGAAAAAUUCUGAUGAUCUCUCUGCCGACACGAUGGCCAAGGAUAUUGGCAAAGUGGUGGAGGUUCUGUAUGGAGAGAACCCGCCUCCCAUCAUGAUUAUUGGACACAGCAUGGGCGGAGCCAUCGCAGUUCACACAGCCGCCGCCAAUCAUAUACCAUCUCUGCUCGGCCUCUGUGUCAUUGAUGUUGUAGAAGGAACAGCAAUGGAUGCUUUGAACAGUAUGCAGAACUUCCUCAGAAGUCGGCCAAAGACAUUUAAAUCUCUGGAGAACGCCAUUGAGUGGAGCGUGAAGAGCGGACAGAUCCGAAACAUCGAGUCAGCGAGAGUGUCAAUGGGAGGCCAGGUGAAGAAAUGUGAGGAAUCCAGCAGCAGUCCAGGUGUGUCUAAUAGCAUCGAAGGUAUAAUAGAAGAGGAAGAGGAUGAAGAAGUGGAGGAAGAAUCCAACAAGAAAAGGAUGAAGGAGGACGACCAAGAGAUAAAAAAGGAAAGCAUCUUCACCUGGAGAGUGGAGCUGUCGAAGACAGAAAAGUACUGGGAGGGCUGGUUCAGGGGCCUGUCUGCUCUCUUUCUCACCUGCUCUGUGCCAAAACUGCUACUGCUUGCAGGAGUGGACCGGCUCGACAAAGACCUUACUAUUGGACAAAUGCAAGGGAAGUUCCAGAUGCAGGUCCUCCCUCAGUGUGGUCACGCUGUCCACGAGGACGCACCUGAAAAAGUAGCAGAUGCUCUAGCAACAUUUAUGGUCCGGCACAAAUUCACUGAGUUUAAGGAAGGAUACCUGUGCUAAUUUCCAGUUUUCAGUCUAAAUAUAGCCAGCAGCCAUAGAAGAAAAGUUUCAAGAUUCAUCCACAACCCUGUACAAUUUAACUAAGGAAAUUAUUAUAAUUAUUAUUAUUAUUAUUAUUAUUAUUAUUAUGUUGCUUUUGUUGUGUAGAUACUUUGCCUUUGAGCUUUGCCUUAUUUUUAUUUUAAAGCACUGGGAUUUGAUUGUACUUUUCCGUUACAAUAUAUUUUUUUUAAGUAUUGCUCUCCUUGUUUAAUGUUUUUAUUUUGAGUGAUUGCAUCCUUAAUGUGUCUGUAAUGUUUGAAUUCAAACAAUGAUUAAAGAUGGAUGCCGCAAAAAUAUCA